AUGGCGUUCCAAACGUUUACGCAGGAGUAUUUUCAAAUUCCUCCUGUUACGCGAGCGUAUGCUACAGCAUGUGUGCUCACAUCUUUAGCAGUGGUGAGUAGCAUUGUUUUGAGACGUUCGGUGCCUUUCAGCAUUUACUGUAUGUCUUUUCUCCAGCAACUAGAUGUUGUUUCACCGUUCCAACUGUACUUCAAUCCCAUUCUGAUAUGGAGAAAUUUCCAAGUUUGGCGGAUAUUCACCACAUUCUUCUUUUUCGGCACAAUCGGCUUCAAUUUUCUAUUCAACAUGAUCUUCACCUACCGAUAUUGCCGAAUGCUUGAGGAAGGCUCAUUCCGAGGGCGCACUUCGGACUUCGUAAUGAUGUUCCUAUUCGGAGGAUUUGUUCUCAUAUUUCUUGGACUAUUCGUGAAUCUUGUUUUUCUUGGCCAAGCCCUGACGAUCAUGCUGGUGUACAUCUGGUCAAGGAGAAAUCCCUUCAUUCGAAUGAAUUUUUUUGGGCUUUUGAAUUUUCAGGCUCCUUAUUUGCCGUGGGUUUUGCUUGCGUUUUCCGUACUACUCGGAAACUCCGUAAUCGUGGAUGUUUUGGGGAUGGUUGUUGGACAUCUUUACUUUUUCCUGGAAGAUGUUUAUCCGAACACGCGAGGAGGGUUCAAGAUUUUGAAAACACCUUUGUUCAUGAGAAUACUGAUGGAUCCACCGGAUGAAGUGGAGAACGAUCCUAGGCUGUCCGAAGAUCAAAACGAUCCAACAAAUGACGACGGGAAUAAUGGAAAUGAUGAAGUACAACCUGGUGGAUAUGACUGGUCUGGUCGUCAACGCCGACCUCAAGAGGAUGCCGAUCGCCACAAACUGACGGACGAUCCAUCUCGUCCAUCCCCGAGUUCGUCACAACAGCGCAUUUCUGCCGGUGGUCCACGUCAAGAUGCUGUGCAUCAAACAGAAUCUCAACGUGCUGCCGCGCUGGCAGCUGUAGCUCGACUGGACAAGCAGGGCCAGCAAGCUAGUCCACAAUGGUCGAAAACGUACAUCAAGGCGGAAGCAAAGAAAUUAAUAGAAGACGGAAUGCAGUCGAUCACGCUUGAAGGAGCUGGAAGUGGUCCUGCCGUCGUAGAUCUUGAGGCGCCGUCGAUGCUCGCAGCUACUGGUGUAUAUUUUAAAUGUCCUCUCAUCGGUCCCGAAGUUCUACCAAAGGAUGCCAUGGUUGAGAGAAUAAGAUCCUUUUUGUACGAGCAACUUGAGGAAGAACCCGCCUUAACAGCUGUCCUGAUAAUUUUUUCCUUGAAUGGAAACCAAACGAAAGUUGAAGUCUGCGUUGCCACGUUGAGGAAGUAUUUGGAAAACAUUCUUUCGCAUCCGGAAGAUCCAAAGUUUCGUAAAAUUCGGAAGUCCAACCGAGUGUUCCAAGAGCGCGUGAAGCCGUUAGAGGGAGCGGACACAUUUUUAGAAGCCGCAGGAUUUGAAAACUCAACAGAGACAUUAGAAGAUGGUGCAACGGAGGAUUUUUACGUUUUCCCUCAAACUGCAGAUUCAUCCACUUUUGAGACAUUGAUUGAUGCGUUGGGCAAUGCGGAACCGAUCAAGCCUGAACUUGAUCGAGGAUUGCGGGUUUUACAGCCUUCAAAAGCGAGUGAGAACAUGAACCUUCCCUUGGAUUUUUUCCUUCUAACCCCAGAAGAGCUUCGUAUGGAGGUGAAACAAAGAGAGGAUGUCUUGGAUAAGUUAACACAACUAAGAACAAAAUCCAUGCGAGAACGGGACCAAAUCGUGGAGAAACGUCAAUAUAAAUACGCCUUAAUCAGAGUGAAAUUUCCAGAUGGUGUUCUAUUGCAGGGAACAUUCGGCGUGUAUGAAAAAAUUCCGGCUGUGGUUGAAUUUGUCCAGGAGAACAUCGCGGAUGACCAAUCCGCAUUCAAAUUGACUGCUUUCGCUGGGACUUUGAAUAUCGACUGUGUUCCUGGCACAGAUAUACGGAAUCAAAAAACUCUAAUAGAAGCUAAACUUGUGCCUGCGACGAUUUUGAACUUCUGUUGGGUUGACGCACCGGAAAAUUUAGGAAAUCCGCUUAAAAAAGACGUGUUAGCUCUGCUUGAAGAACGCUGAACAUGCUAUUGUUCGUGAGAUUCGGGUUCCUUCAUAAACAGUACUAAUGACUGUAAUGCAAUUUCAUUUUGCUUCUAGCCAUGGUUUUCUUUUUAAUGAUGAAUUUGAAAUGUGAUGCGAAAAGAAAAACGAAUGCCUGUGCUUUUUUACGCCCAGAUUUUAUCCAAUGGAUCCUAGUCAAACAGCGAUUGCAUUGAAGAUUUCACAUCAAUUGGAAGCUUGAAAGAACUUGAAUUGCUGUGUAGCUUGUUUGGAUUCCGUACUGGUUUGAAUAUCAUGAAAAACUGCACUUCUUUGUUGUUUCUUGGCUUAAAAAUUCCUGUGUGCAAAUUUCGCGAUUACUUGAAUCGUGAUUAAGAAAUAUUCAACAUGUGGAUGAGAAAGAAAGAUUUGUGGUUGGGA